UGUUUAUGCGACACUCCAACAUGGCUCUGUUUCCAGCAUUUGCAGAAGUAGCGGAUAACAAAGAUGAGGAUUCGUCCAAAGAUUUGGAAUGGCUGAACAACAAAAGUUUUCAGACUGUGGAUGCCCUGUCUCUUCACAGCCGUUUUUUAGAUAAGACCAGCGAGAAGCUGAACAAGAGGGAAGCAAGUGUUGACAGAGAGGUGAGUUCUGCAGAAGAGGAGAAUGAAGAGAAGGGAGAGAGUAAUGUCCCACCCAGAAAGAAGAAAAAAAAGAGUGAAAAGAAGAGGAAAAAGAAGAAAAAGCACAAAAAGAAGAGUGGGAGAUAUUCGGGCAGCAGUGGAUCUGACUCUGACACCAUCUACCCCAGUGAUCUCAAAAGGGAGCAGGAGGCAGAGAGGCACAAGGUUGCUCCGUUAGCAAGUUGUUUCUCCUGGUUGGAUGACCUGCAGUCGCCCACAGAGCGGCCAUUCUGUGUGGACCGUAAACCAGAUCCAGCCAACUGGACUUACAAAUCCCUGUACAGAGGAGACGUAGCCAGGUACAAGAGGAAAGGCCACUCGUCUUUGGGUCUGGACUGUCGCAGACAGGAAGUCAGCUGGGAGGAUACAGAGACUAACAAGAAACAGAAAGGUGGGAGCAGCAAGAAAGGAGCAGACAGAUACUUCUCUACAGUGAGUCGGCAGCUGCUGAGGCGUGAGCUCCCUGUUCCUGUAUUUCCCACGAUUCCUGGUUGCAGUGAUUCCUCCACCACCCCCUUCGUCCCACUGGGUGACAAUGACGGGGAAAACAAAGGACGAGAGACAGGUGACCGAGCGCAGCCAUCAUCAGUAAAUCCCCUCGGUGUGUAUGACUCCUCCACGGCCCUCUGGCUGCAGGGGAAAGGACAGCAGGACCAGCAGAAGCAAGACAACCAGACAGGAGAGAGCACUGUGCUUUUGGCAGGGAGGACCGAAGAGUUUAACCGGCGGCUCAGAGAGCAGCCAGCAGACGCCCAGCUAUGGAUAGAAUUCAUACGAUACCAGGAUGAGCUGAGUGCAGCAGCGUUUGGAGGCGAGGAGGAGCAACAGAGCAAUGAUUCAGCUGAGCAUCGGAAGUCUUCCUACAAAGCAGUCCUGGAGAAAAAGCUGAGCAUCGCGGAGCGUGCUGUGGCCACCAACCCCCUCUGCAUAGCUCUGCAGCUCGAGAGGCUCAGGAUCUGCCAAGAGCUCUGGGAGCCCUCAGUUUUGGCUAAAGAAUGGAAGAAACUGGUGUUCCUCCACCCAAACAGUGCCACCUUGUGGAGGGAGUAUCUGCUCUUCACUCAGAGCUACUUCAGUAACUUCACUGUGUCAAAAGUCAACUCUGCUUAUGGGAAGUGUCUGAGCAUGCUCAGUGCUGUGCGGGACGGCAGCAUGGUCUCUCAUCCAGCUCUGCCAGGAAUAGAGGAGGAUAUGUUGGAUAUCUUCACCCAGCAGUGUCACUUCCUGCGUCAGUCUGGUCACUCAGAGAAGGCGAUUUCUCUGUUUCAGGCCAUGAUGGACUUUACUUUUUACAAACCUGACAGUGUACGAAAACUCUCCACUAAGCAGCAGGCUGAGUUCUUUGAGCCUUUCUGGGACAGCGGGGAGGCGAGAGUUGGAGAGCUGGGGGCCAGAGGCUGGAAAGCCUGGAUGCUCCAACAAGAGCGAGGAGGGUGGCUUCAGCCCAGUGCAGAGGAAGAGGAAGAGGAGGAAGAGGAUGAGGAGGAGGUGAAGGAUAGGAGCCAGCCCAGGUGGACUGUCUGGCUGGAUGUGGAGUCGUCUCGUGAGGCAGCUCACUGGUUGCCCUGGAGGCCUGACAAAGCCAAGGGCCAGUCAGAAGAGGACUGUGAGGAUCCUGACAGACAGGUCUUGUUUGAUGACAUUGGUUCAUCCCUAAUUUGCCUGUCUUCGCCAGAGCUCCAGCUUCGUCUUCUUCUCCACUUCUUGUCAUUCCUGGGUCUGCCUGUGGACUCUGUGCUCUCUGCUACCCCCUGUCAGCCUGGCCUGAUUCUAGAGAGCCUUUCUCUACUCACUCAGGGUAACAAGCUCCGGCACCCGCUGACCUGCUUUGACCUACCUGACCCUGGGGUCAACUCUGUAGGUCACAUGACCACUCUUCAGGGAACAAGGAAGUGGGUGGGUCUCGGGAAGCAGGGCGAGAAGUUUGUCACCAGCGUAUUCAGUAUGGUCCAGCCUGUCCUUCCUCCCGACCACCGAGCAUUUUUGUCACUCAGCUGGAUCCAGUACGAGAAAGUCAAGGUCAUGCGUUGUUUGCACAGUGGGAAUAAAAAGCGUCUUCGCACUCAAGGCAAGAGCAGCAAACGAGUUGCAAAGCGGCUGCUCAAAGAACCAGACAACCGUUCAUCACUGGUGUUGUGGCGGGAGUACGCCCACCUGGAGUGGAUGCUGGACAACCUGGACGAGGCUCGGAAAGUGUUCUCCACUGCAACAGCAAUAGGGGGAACCAAAGGGCUGAGUAGCCCCACUCUCUGUGAGCUGUGCCUCCUGUGGUCCCAGCUGGAGGCAGAGGACAAAGCCAAAGAGCAAGGAGGGACACAAACUGAUAUAACAGCAUCCCCUGCUGUGUGUAUACUGACCAGGCUAGCAGAAGGAACCUCUUCGUCCUCACAAUCCGUCUCCCCAGUUUCCAUCCUGAAAGCCAGGAGAUCCUAUGAGCAGGCUCUGACUGCCAGCCUGUCAGCCCUGGACCAACACGUCCGGCCCAAAGCACCAGACCAAGAGGACCUACUAGGAGAGAAGCUGAGGUUGAGAGGUCUGGUCGGCUGCUAUGCUCUGUUCCAGUACCUCACAGUGAGCAUCCAAGCAGCUAACACUGUUUACAGCCAAGCCAGAGAGAGGAUGGAGGAACUGUACCGCACUCUGACACCUGAAAAGCAGCUAAACAGUAAUGACGAAGCCAACCUUGCUAGCACUGAUGGAAGCCACUCUGCAGCUGAUUCCACUCCCACCAACAGACACUGUGUCAACAGGAUUGCUGCUGAGUGUGAGGUGUUAGCAGUGCAGCAGGCAGCACUGCUGAAGUACCACAACAGCAUCGGUGUGUUUCCACUGGUGACACUGAGACAAACUCUGACUUCUGCCCUCUCAGUCUGGCCUAGCAGCGCUCCUCUCUGGAGUAUAUAUGUACAGGUGGAGAACCGUUACCAUAGUGCUGGCCGAGCCCGACGUUUUUUUAACUCUGUAACCAGGGACACCAGCAGCAUGGUACCACGCCUCUUUGCCAUUGUUGCUGAACAACAAAGGAAGCAGCUGGUGGAUGCUGCUCAGAGGUCUUGUUGCCAUGAUGAUGCCUUGCCCAUUCUGCCAGAGAAUGGCCUCAGCAACCGUAUUCGUGGUCUGUUUGAAAGCGCCAUAGCAACAGAGAUGGGUGCUCACUGUCCUUUGGUCUGGAGGAUGUACAUCCACUUCCUGGUGUCAGAAGGAAAGGUGGAUAGAGCCAGAGGGAUCUUCUACAAGGCCUUACAGAACAUUCCCUGGGCUAAGGGUUUGUACAUGGAUGCCGUGCAGCUGUUCCCUGAGCAUCUGCAGGAGUUCGUAGAUCUGAUGACGGAGAAAGAACUACGACUGAGGCUGCCUUUAGAGGAACUGGAUAUACUCCUAGAAGACUGAACACACACACAUCAUUCAAAAACUUUAGUUUGCUUUAUACUGGCAACAUGCCAACCUGCAUACUGGAACACUUGAUGGCAAGAACAGGACACACACAGGCAGCACAUACACACAUAUGUAGCUGCACUAUUCAACCAUUGCAGUGAUGGAAAUAAAGGCAAAGAGCUACCCUUUGUAUAUAUCAUCUCAAAGUGUUUUAAUUACCAGAGCAAACCACUAGAACUGUGAUUUACUACCUGAUAUUGUCAAUAAAUUUAAGAUUAAUUUCAGUGUUUUGUGCUGUAGGUUUGUCUGUGUGAUGAGCAUACAUCCAGAUGGAGUUUGAAGGCCUGUUUGCAGUUAAAUGUAUUAAAAAACACUUUAAUGUAUUGUAUGCCACUGCAAAGAUAACCUCAGCAUUAGAGUCUAGUGACAGAAAUUCUUAACAAGUAAGUAAACAUAAAAAAGACAACCGAAAUUUAAAACAUUACUCUACCUCAGCAUUUAUCAAAUUUCAAUCUUGAAUAUUCCAAAUUAAAAUACUUCAGUUUG